CUGCCAGCACUAUAAGGAGCCGUCUCGGGUUCGGGGAAUUCCGACACCGAUCAGCAAAUAACCGACGACGCCUUUCACACCGUCUGAGCCUGAGAAGGAGGAGACGGAAGGCAGCCCCGGCCGGCAGUGAUCGUCUUCUACUCCGGUUUCGGUCGGAUCCCUCCUCCUCCUUGUGAUUGGUGCUAUUGCUGCUACCCAAGAGGAUUCCUCCACGAGCCUUGGAGGAAGAACUAACAAGGCGAAGUUGUGGAGAUGGCUGCUGGAACAGUUCCUGCUUUUCCUGGUCUCAAGACCCGGGAUUGCGGCUUGAGCUUUGCAAAGAGCAUAGACUUUGCAAGGGUUUCCUGUGUUCCUGGUCCGCAGAGGUUGAAGUUUCGGAGAGCCAAGGUGCCUGUGAUGAGGAAUGCCAUUUCUGGUUCGGAUACCGUUCAGAUGCAGCCUGCUUCAGAAGGAAGUCCUCUCCUAGUUCCUAGACAGAAGUACUGCGAGUCAGUCCACAAGACUGUCAGGAGAAAAACCCGUACUGUGAUGGUUGGAAAUGUGGCUCUUGGCAGUGAGCAUCCUAUAAGAGUUCAGACAAUGACUACUUCCGACACCAAAGAUGUGGCUAAAACUGUCGAGGAGGUAAUGAGAAUAGCAGAUAAAGGAGCAGAUUUGGUCCGUAUUACAGUUCAGGGAAGGAAAGAAGCAGAUGCUUGCUUUGAAAUCAAGAACAGUCUUGUUCAGAAAAACUAUAAUAUUCCUCUUGUGGCUGAUAUCCAUUUUGCUCCUUCGGUUGCACUGAGAGUGGCUGAAUGCUUUGACAAGAUCCGUGUCAACCCGGGAAAUUUUGCUGAUAGGAGGGCCCAGUUUCAGAAGAUAGAGUACACUGAGGAUGAUUAUCAGAAAGAGCUUGAGCAUAUUGAACAGGUUUUCUCUCCAUUGGUUGAAAAAUGUAAGAGAUAUGGACGGGCAAUGCGUAUUGGAACAAAUCAUGGAAGUCUUUCUGAUCGUAUAAUGAGUUAUUAUGGUGAUUCUCCUAGGGGAAUGGUUGAGUCUGCAUUUGAGUUUGCAAGGAUCUGCCGUAAGUUGGAUUUUCACAAUUUUGUCUUCUCAAUGAAAGCAAGUAAUCCAGUAAUCAUGGUCCAAGCGUAUCGAAUGCUUGUCGCUGAGAUGUUUGUUCAAGGGUGGGACUAUCCAUUGCACUUAGGGGUUACUGAAGCUGGUGAAGGUGAAGAUGGACGAAUGAAAUCUGCUAUUGGCAUUGGAACUCUUCUUCAGGAUGGGUUGGGGGAUACAAUCCGGGUCUCCCUCACAGAACCACCAGAGGAUGAGAUUGAUCCUUGCAGAAAACUAGCAAACCUUGGCAUGCAAGCUGCAAAUGUUCAAAAAGGAGUCGUUCCUUUUGAAGAGAAGCAUAGACGUUACUUUGAUUUCCAGCGUAGAAGUGGUCAAUUACCAGUGCAGAAGGAGGGUGAAGAGGUGGAUUACCGAGGAGUCUUGCAUCGUGAUGGCUCUGUUCUUAUGCCAGUGUCCUUGGAUAAGUUGAAGGCACCAGAAAUUCUUUACAAAUCUCUUGCAGCAAAGCUUGUUGUUGGCAUGCCAUUCAAGGAUCUGGCAACGGUAGACUCAAUUCUUCUGAGAGAGCUUCCAUCAGUAGAAGAUGUUGAUUCUAGGUUAGCUCUUAAAAGGUUGAUCGAUAUAAGUAUGGGUGUCUUGACACCAUUGUCAGAACAGCUGACAAAGCCUCUUCCUCAUGCCAUUGUCCUUGUAGACCUCAAGGAACUCUCUACUGGUGCAUACAAGCUUUUGCCAGAAGGCACUCGAUUAGCUUGCACCAUCCGUGGGGAUGAACCCUAUGAGGAGCUAGACAUCCUAAAAGAUGUUGAUGGUAUAACAAUGUUGCUACAUAAUCUUCCCUAUGGCGAAGACAAAGUCAGCAGGAUUCAUGCGGCGAGGAGGCUAUUUGAAUAUUUGGAAGAUAAUGUGCUAAACUUCCCAGUAAUCCAUCAUAUACAAUUUCCUGAAGGGAUCCAUAGAGAUGAUCUAGUCAUCGCUGCUGGGAGCUAUGCUGGUGCUCUUUUAGUUGAUGGCCUUGGGGAUGGAGUACUGCUUGAGGCUUCUGAUCACGAUUUUGACUUCUUGAGAAAUACAUCUUUUAACUUACUUCAGGGUUGCAGAAUGCGCAACACAAAAACCGAGUAUGUCUCAUGCCCAUCUUGUGGCCGUACACUCUUUGAUCUUCAAGAGAUAAGUGCCCAAAUUAGGGAAAAGACGUCACACUUGCCUGGCGUAUCGAUUGCAAUCAUGGGUUGUAUUGUGAACGGGCCAGGAGAGAUGGCUGAUGCAGAUUUUGGAUAUGUUGGUGGUGCUCCAGGAAAGAUUGACCUCUAUGUUGGGAAGACGGUGGUUAAGCGAGGUAUUGCAAUGGAGCAUGCAACUGAGGCGUUAAUUCAGCUGAUAAAAGACCAUGGUCGUUGGGUUGAUCCACCUACUAACGAAUAAGAUCUGGACCGUGUCACAGAAGUAUGAGGCAUUUGCUGAUGGUUACAUUUUAUGGGCCUCUUUCAAAUAUUUAUGUUAAAAGUCUGCCUAUACAUGUGUCCGCUACAAUUCCAAUCAAAUGAAAAGGUUUUACAUUCUACAAAUUA